AUGUUGGAUUGGGACUACAUUGCCAGAGCCCGAUGUGGAUUCACAGCAGGGUGCAGUGCAGGGUGCAUCCGGCUCGCCACCCGCGUUGCUUACAUCGCUGCGUUUGGCCUGAACCACACGGGAGGUGUGUACGCCUUCGGCCUGUUCAACACCACCAUCUUCGCCAACGCCGGCCAGGUGGUGACCGGGAACCAGACGCCUCACUUCCUGUCGGCGUGCCGGCCCAACUACACGGCGCUGGGCUGCCAGUCGCCCCUGCAGUACGUCGCCGAGCGCCGCGCCUGCACCGGCAACCGGCUGCUCGUCACGUCCGCACGCAAGUCCUUCCCCUCCAAGGACGCCGCGCUGAGCGUGUACGCCGCCGUGUACACCGCGAUGUACGUGACUCUGGUCUUCAAGACCAAGGGCACGCGGCUGACCAAGCCCACCAUCAGCCUGACGCUGCUCUGCCUGGCCGUGCUGGUGGGCGUGGUCCGGGUGGCCGAGUACCGCAACCACUGGGCCGACGUCCUGGCGGGGUUCUUCACCGGGGGGGCCAUCGCUGUGUUUCUGGUGAGGGACUAG